AUGCUUGGGCAAAGCGCUGUCAGCGGCGAUCUGCUACUGCUGUUGCAGUCACGGCUUCAGCCCAAUCGCCACCUCAAGCGCCAGCAGCUCCAAGGGUGCCAGGGUCGCUGCCGCUGUUGGAGGAUCUACCCAAGGGUCCUGAUGGUGCGGUACUUGGGUAAGCAGGUGCUACUCGUACGGGAGCCAGAUGACGUGGCUGCCGUACUCAGCCGCCGGGCGGAUCGCUUCACCAAGCAUCCACGCCAACAGAGGGUCAAGGCCUGGUUGGGAGCCGGUCUGGCGACACAGGCGGACCCGUUGGCCCACGCGGCGCAGCGGGAGACGCUGGCGCCCGCCUUCCGCGCCGAUUACGUACGACAGCUCGACAGCGUCAUGGCGGCAGCAGCGGCGCGACUGGCGGAGACGCUGCUCACGGGCGCUGUCGCGACGUCACAACCGCAACAACCGCAGCAACCGUUACGGUUGGACUUCCAGAAUCUCUUCAAGCGUCACUCUCUAGAUGUCUUGGGCCUGGCCAGUCUCCAAGUGGACUUGGGGCUCUUGGGCAGAGGGGUGGAGCAACCUGAAGUCGACAUUCCACAACAAAACCUUCAAACCUCUUGGCCCUCGGCUCGCGUUCUCCUAGUCAUCCACUUCAGCAGGCAGGCCUGCAAACCGGUUAGCACUAGUGAGCUUGCCAGCCUGGUCAUAAGACCUUGCUGGCCAGUCCCACCAUGGCCGUCUCGAUCCUGGUCCUUGGAACCCCUCCGCCCUGAGGUGGUAACGAAGCCGUCAAUAUCCAUGGUGCGGCCGGCGGCAGAGCUGGGCCUCGGGUCACGGGGUGCUGGCGCCUGGUUGUGGGACCGGUCGAGCCUACUAGGUGAUGCUGAGUACAUGAGCCCGUAUACUGGCUCUGUAUGUGGGUAUUUGCCACCUUUCGCUUUCACGGCACUCAGUGAAGCCACGGGUGCUUCUCGGUUCUUCAACCCCAGCUGCUGUCUGUAA